CCGGGAGCGGGGCGCGAUGCGGGCGGUGCUGCGGGCGCGGCUCGGGUGGGCGCGCCUGGCGCUGCGCGGGGCCGCGCUGGGCCGCGCCCCGGGGCCGCCGUGCUGGAGCUGCGGCGCCGCGCUCCCCAGCGGCGACGGGCCCCGCUUCUGCCCCGGCUGCCAGGCUCUGCAGCCGCCGGCGCCGCGGCCUGACCUUUUCCGCCUGAUGGACUGCGACCGCUCCUUCCGCAUCGACCCGGGGCAGCUGCAGCGGCGGUUCCGGAGCCUGCAGCGCGCCGUGCACCCCGACCGCUUCGGCCAGAGGCCGCCGAAAGAGCAGUACUACUCUGAGCAACACUCUUCCCUGAUCAACAAGGCCUACCAGACCCUGCUGAACCCUCUGAGCCGAGGCCUCUAUCUACUGGAGCUGAGUGGAGUGGAGCCAGCAAAAGAGACAGACUGUGAUGCAGACUCAGCAUUCCUUACGGAAAUCAUGGAAAUUAAUGAGAAAUUAGCAGAGUCCAAAAACGAGGAUAACCUCAAAGAAAUUGAAACUUUAAUUAAAGUUCAACAAGAGGAACUGACCAGAGAGGUGACUGCAGCUUUUGAAAGAGAUGAUCUUCAAGAAGCCAAGAAGCUGCUAGCAAAAAUGAAAUAUUUUGCAAACUUAGAGGAUAAACUAAAGGCCAUGAAGAUCCCUUCCUGAUGUUGCUUUCUUAGUUAUUAAGAGUUAGUGUUAUUUUCAAUUAAACAAAUGGUUUUAUUACCAAAAUCAGA